AUGCUGCGGCUCGGUUUAGUGCGGCGGAUGGCGCUGCCGAAACUCAUCGGUGCCGUUCGCAGGACGCCUGCGUACUUGCGGCACGCGCCACCAGGGAUGUACGUGACGUGUGACUUCGAGCGGAGUCAAAGACACACAACGCUGCUCGUUGACGCGUCGGUCGAGGGUGAGCCCCCACUCACGAAUGGCGUCUACUUGCUCUCCACCACGUCCGGAGACGACGUUGCGUUCCGCCAGGCGCGUAGCGCGUUGAUUGGCCUGCCGUUCGCGCGCGACGCGGCACAGGCGGCGCACUUCGUAGACAGCACUCUGCGGUCCGCAUUGACCCGAAGCGGCGCGUCGAUCCCCGUCGAUGGCAUCGAGACACUCGUCAUUCCCGAGCUGCACCCGUUUGCCGCACACGCCGUCAAGGAGUUGCUUGCACACAUGCCGCAGAUGAAGGUGGCGUGCAGCCCAUUGGCCGCCGCGUUCCUCUCUGACGGUGAUUUCUUCGCCGGCGUGCGGAAGGCGAUGUGCGACAACGACACACGCCUAGCCGAAGCGUCGAUCACCUUUGCGGACGUGCCGCAACGGAACAUCAUCUCGCUGGAGGAUGGGGCUACGGUCUCGGUUGCUGGCGAGGACCGUCAGCUGCGCGUGGCGAGCGGCGACCUGACGGUGGCGCGGGAGAGGUGGCGGCGCGAGCGCAAAAACAAACUGAAACACUUUGAGUCGUACGCACUCUUUCUGUACGACCCUGCCUUCUACGCGGUGCUAGCGGGCCCCUCCGCUGGCGUGCACUUCUCGUGGCUGCCCUUCGUCGUUCACGAAGCGGACGUCGCAGCGCUGCUGCCGCUGCCAGACUUUCUUGCCUCGCACAAGUCUGGCGUCUCACCGCUGCUGGAGGUGUGGCGGCCGCGCGAGCAGGCGCGUGUGGCUGCGACAGCUCUGGCGAAGUUUCCCGAGGCACAGCGCGUGCUGACGGCGUGUUACGGUGAGGUCUCUGGCGGCGCCGACGGGUACCUCGAGCGGCUGCAGCAAAGUGCGNAGCGCGUGCUGACGGCGUGUUACGGUGAGGUCUCUGGCGGCGCCGACGGGUACCUCGAGCGGCUGCAGCAAAGUGCGCAGAAGUUGGAGGAGCUGCGGAGUCGCCUGGGCCGUCGCUUGGCGGCCGAAACCUCCCGCGACAUGGGGAGGUGGAGCAGCGUUCUGGAGGACAAGAUCAUGAAGGAAAUCCUCUUCACCAACACGGCGGCGAUGAAGACGGAGGAGGCGGUGGCAGCUGCUCACAAGGAGUGGGCGAGCAACUUUUACCUGAGCAGGCUGUCGCGCUCUCUCGCUUACGCCAGUGCCACACUUUCCCCCGAUACUUCCUCAGACGACACUCGUCAGACUGCAGCGGUAGAGGCGAAAUCAUCAUCAUCAUCACCAUCAUCGGCCACUGUUGCGGGGAGGAGGGAGAAGCAGGAAGGGGCGGACAGCAUGCAGCUGCUGAAGCGCCACCUCGAGAAGCGGGGGAUGGCGUCGCUCUCAAGCAUUGUGGAGCGGGAGGAGAUUGAUGUGCCAGUGUUCCUCGCGAUGAGCCCCGAUGACUUCAAGAAGGUGUUUAAGGCAACGUUUGGUGUCAUUAAGAAGAUGGAGCUGCUGCAGCAAGAGCUCCGGGCUUUACAGUAA